CUUCGGUUACUGACAGAGUGGAAUAUUGUUCAAUUUAGUGUACGCCGGAGAAAAGGAAACGAAUAAACGUAACGUUAUAUAUUGCAAUCGAGGUGAAACCGUAUGAGUUUUUUUCCAGCCAGCGGUUUAUAUCUGAUGAAGUCACGGGGCUGCGUGAGGUCAUGUGUCACUAUUACCAGCCGCAACCUGAGCUCAGCUCCUGCACCCCUGGCUCCUCCCAAGCUGAACUCUAAGCUUGCUCUCUUCCUGUAUCAGCGGUUCCAUGAUGUGGAGCAGAUGGUUUCCUGGAGCUCUUGGCUAAAGCGAUGGACUCUGAGGCGCAAGAACGUUUACUAUGGCUACACACAGAUGCAUUAUGGGGACAACGUCGCUGCGGCCUACUACAUCCUGUGCAUGAAGGGCAGAUUCAGGUUUGCUGGGCAGUCAGAUUGGUUCCAGGCCAACUACAGAGGAAAGUUCAGCUGGGACUUUAUGAAUUUCCGGGAUGUCCCAAUCGAGGAGGUGGACAUGAGCGGAACGCUGAUUAAUUAUUCGGGGUUGGACAACCUAGAGAGUCAGCAGGGCCUGCGUUCCCUCUCUCUGCGUGGCUGUCCCGAGGUGGACGACUGGUUCCUGUCCCACCUGCACAUCUUCCAGGACAGCCUGGAGGAGUUGGACCUGUCCCACUGUUCACAGAUCACCGUGGGAGGGCUGGCCUCCCUGCAUCACCUCAGAAAGUUACGGAGACUGGGCCUCUCCUCCCUCCCCCGCCUGCAGAGCCCUGGGCUGGUGCGAAUCCUGCUGGAGGAAGUGCUGCCUCACUGUCACAUCAGCGGAGUGGAGUACAGCCAGGGCCUGGAUGAGACAGGCACUGAUACAGGCCUACAGACUGAGACUGAGAUAAACCAGCUCACUGAGGACCACACAUACACACAGGGUCCCCACAGGCAAACCCUGACACGAUGACCUGAAAAAACACACAGAUGUGCACAUGUAAAAAGAAGCCAGUCCUCACAAAGACAUUGACAGACAGGACAAUGGUUUGGAACAUAAGUGCAUUCUGGACUUAAAUCAAUGGUCAGGCCACUGCCGCAGUAGAUGUAAACUGUAACUCCUAUAUCAGUCUGUACAUAUUUUCUAAAAUGUGAGCUUUGGAAGCUCUGCUUGGUAAAUAGGUAAAGUAGUGUCAUAUGAAGACGAGCCUAAUGUUGACAGAUAAACAGGAAUAAAACAGGGUCAAAUUUGUUUCUGCAUUUCUAUUUGAAAGUUCCUCUUCAGUGUCGAAAAGGAGUAGCCUGCCCUUGGUCAAAUACUCUCAUCAGUUUCUUAAAAGUCCAGAAUGCAUUUAUGUUCCAAACCAUUCUCCUGUCUGUCAAUGUCUUCGUGUGGACUGUCUUUUUUUAUUUUAAUCUAAUGGAAAACUAAUUUGUCUCAACAGGCUGCUUGAUAUUUUCCACUUAAUGUCAUUAGUUUAGACAUUAUUAUGAAGUGUUUUAAUGCAAUGUCUGUGAGAAGGACAGGCUUCUGUUAAAGUAUUGUAUAUAAAUAUGUAAAGUAUAUUUGAGAUUUUGAUUGCUAUUGAAUACAUGGCACUGUAAAAAUGGAAAUAAAAUUAUUUAUUAACUGAU